AUGACGGGCUCCUAUCACGAGGAAACAGACAAGGAUCUCGCCACAAUCGCUCAUAUCAAUGCAGUCUAUCAGCCUGAUCCUAUCGACCCAGCAAGCGAAGCUCGGGUGCGUAGGAAGCUUGACUGGCGACUCAUGCCCAUCCUCACGCUGAUUUAUCUAUUCGCCUUCAUUGACCGAUCCAACGCUGGGAACGCCCGCGUCCUUGGCAUGGGCAAAGAUCUCGCCUUGGACGGGUACCGAUUUAACAUUGGCCUUAGUGGCUUCUAUGUCACAUAUAUCCUUCUGGAAGUGCCGGCAAAUAUCCUGUGCAAGAAAGUUGGGCCCAAGAUAUGGAUCCCCUUCCUCGCAUUAUCUUUCGGUAUCAUUACGACGUGCAUGUCAACGAUGCAGAAUUACCAUGGAUUUCUCGCGGCAAGAAUUUGCCUUGGUAUUUUUGAGGCUGGUAUCAUGCCAGGAAUCACAUAUACACUGUCGUGCUUCUAUUGUAGGCAUGAACUCGUGUCGAGAGUAGGUCUUUAUGCCAGCGUAGCCUCACUAAGUGGAGCAUUCGGAGGACUCUUGGCUAGUGGGCUGACCAAGAUCCCACAAUGGGGCAUGAUCCAUACGUGGCGCAACAUUUUCUUCUUCGAAGGCCUCAUUUCUAUCGCGCUGGGAGUGGUGGGCUUCCUGAUCCUCCCAUCGUCACCAGAGACCGCCUCUUUUCUGUCUGAGGAAGAACGCCAGGUGGCUGUCGCGCGCAUUCGUCGCGAUCUCAAAUCUCAAAAGGUCGAGGAUUUGAGCAUGCGCUAUGUGAUGCGCGCUCUCAACCUCAACACCAUCCUAAUCUCAUUGGCUUCAUUCUGCUCCUUACUCACCAUGAACUCGAUGGCGCUGUUCGUCCCCUCCCUACUCACCGCUAUGGGCUACAGCGGUAUCCAUAGUCAAUUGCUCUCGGUCCCACCAUACGCCUGGGCCGCUUGUGUCUGCGUCUGCGUCACACUACUGUCGGACAAGACUCGUCGUCGCGGCGUGUGGAUCCUCCUAGUCAUGCCCUGUACCGCUGUGGGAUUCAUCAUCCUGUUGACCGUCAAAACCGUCGGCGUACGAUAUUUCGCCCUGUUCCUCUGUCUGACUGGCGCAUUCACAGCUUCGCCUAUGUUCGUUGCCUGGGUCGUGGACAAUUCGGCCGGCCAUACCACCCGUGCCAUCGUUGCAGGCACAGUGGUCGGAUUCGGAAACAUCGGCGGCAUCCUGGCCACCUGGACAUACACACUGCCAGAUGCACCGCGGUAUAUUCGAGGACAUGCGUUGAACCUUGGAUUCGCGUGCCUGUGUCUCAUUAUUGUAGCUGCUGCAAUUCUUAAUCUCAAGAGAGAAAAUGAUAUCAAAGCCAGAGGCGGCCGAGAUGAGAGAGUCCAUGGCCUAUCGGAGGAGGAGGUCGCUGAUCUGGGCCAUCUCCAUCCGGAGUUUAAAUUCACGCUGUAG